AUGACUGUGCAAUUUCAUAGAUACCAAGAACGGUACAACUCCUUUCUUCAGACGUUCAAUAUUCAAGGAAAGAGAUGUUCAUGGCCAUACAAAGUAAUUCCAACGAAGGCGAUGGCUCAAAGUGGGUUUGAGUUUAGUCCAAGGUUUAAAGGUGAGAUUUUGAGUAGGGACUCUGUUAGAUGUAACUUUUGUGGUGGAGAAAGUGAUGAUUUUCACAACUGCAGGAGUAAACCAUUAGCUGCAACAUUGUCCAAGGUUUUAGAGAAUCAUUUGGAAACUCACACAGGUUGUUUGUAUUCCGAGCUAAAACUUGCCCUAGUAAAAUCAUUUUGGAAAAGUGAACCUAUCGAUUGGUCUGUGCAAAAAUCUCUGAGAAAGCCACAUAGUGAGGAAGUCGUACGACUGCGACAAUGGACCUAUAAAGAAGGCUGGAUUCAUGAACGUCAACCUCAAAUCUCUUCAAAUGCCAUGGCCAAAGCGGGACUUUUGCGCUACGAUCUGGGGCUCUCGUCGCCUGAACUACUCGAAGAACAUCCCGAUGCGACGUAUUGCAUAUACUGCAGUAAAAUCAUAGGUUCCUGGGAAGCAAAUGAUAACCCAGUCUGGGAGCACUUUGUCUGCUCAAAUGGGGGCCGUUGCCACUUUUUUGAGACAAUGCCCGAAACGGAGCUUGUUGCGCGAAUGAAGGCUAGAUACGAUGAAGAGGGCUUGGGCAGUGACGAAAAGCUUUUACCAUGUCUAGACUACUAUGAGACGUUCGCUUCCCAGUUCAGCAGGUUUGAAGAAGAAACCUUGAGCCAAGACUCACAGAAUAAACGAGGAAGGCCAAGAUCUAGAGGAAGUGGUGAGUUACCGGCACGCGAACCCAGAAAACGAGGACGGCCACCGAAAGAGAGGCCAGCAGACGUCGCAGACGUCGCAAAUGUCGCUGAAAGUGAGAUAAUAGGCCCUACCAAUGGGUCGGGUGAAGUACAGCCUAUCAAGCGGAAGAGAGGGCGACCACGAAAUGUUGUGAGUGAUUCAGCGACAGUAAUAAAAGAGAAGCGUCCCAGAGGCAGGCCGCGUAAGGACGGUCUUUCUUCGGUUCCGCAAGAUCAGAUGCCAAAUAGUAUUUCACCGCCACAUACUGCUGAUUUAAAAGUUCUUGGAUCUAGCGGCUCUGUAUCAUCCAAACCUACCUCUGCAAGUGAUGACAAUGCAAAUCCAGCUUCAAACUCUCAGCAUACGAUCGAUGAUGUACCUGGCAUUGAGAAUGGUGCUGAUUCCGCCCCUCAGAAAUUGGAAACUCCUCACGUCACAAAUGGAGUCAGUCUCUCGCCGAAGCGCAAAAUUCGCUUAAGGCAAAAUCAAAGGAUGGCUUCGGCAGAGGAUAACGAGUGCGAUAGCGACGAAAACUCAACCAAAAGCAUAGUUUUGAACUUUAAUAAUCCGUCACCGAAAUCUAAUGUCGCACCACGAAACCCAAUAAUAGACGAUAGUUUCGAUGCUUUCAGCUUCAGCGCCCACGGUAAUAGCGAAUUCGUUAUCCCAGAGAGCGCAUUUCAGACUAAGAAAAGUAAUGCAAUGCAAACUUUACCGGAAUCUGUGCAAAGAUCCUCCCCAUCGGUGUCAGUGUCAGAACACGCUAAUGUGGGGAGGGCGAGGGAAAAUCAAGUGGACCCUUCGUUCGCUCUGAAGAAUGGAGCGCUGAACGACAUAGACAUGGAUGUCGAAAUGAGUGACGACUCCAUACAAGUUCCACCACUGUCAGAAGCUUCUACUCCCAUAGGUACACCGGCUAGGUCAUCAUCAACUGAGAAGGAGCAGAAGGAUGAUACUCCGCCGAUACAUGAUAUUAACCAGAGCGAUACAUCCAUAUCCAGCACUAUCCCAGAAUUUGAAAGGACACCUGCCAUCACGUCCAAUUUCGCUCAGAGUACAGGCACUGACAUUUCCCCGCGCAAUAUUAUUCGACCUACGGCGCAAGUGCCACAAGUUGGUGUUGAUAACUCUACGGAUAAGUCACGCUCGAAGCUUGCGACAAAUGAAGUGUCUUUGGCCGCUACGAAGGGUCCUUUUGGUGUUGAAAAUGAUAGGUCUCUGAGUUCUUCAUCCAAUCUCGUCAUUACAGACCAAAACAUUCCCAAUGAAGAGUCGACUGCUAUACUGAAAUUGAAUAAAUCCAAUGUUAAAUCCGCGAGUGAAGAAGAACUUAUUCGAAACGGAUCUUCGCCAAGCGUAAGUUUUGGUGACAUCUUCCCAGCGACUGCCGAUCUGCACAAUUCUCUCGUCCUAGUAGAUGAGGAACGUGUGCUAUUGGCGAACUACUUUCGCAAGCUUUUACGAUAUAUUAACGUGAACGACCUUUCCUUAUUCAACGAGGUUGAUGGUGACCUGAGUUUUUUCGUUCAACAUAUGCCACAACAUGAGAAGCAGUUGGCCUUCUCUGCGUGGAUUGACAAAAAACAAUCUGAACUCAAGGAGGAGUUCGAGAGAGACUACAGAACGAAGGUUGCAAAGCUGGAUCGGCAGUUUAAAGCAGCAAAAAGCUUUCUAGAAAAGAUAGACAAUGAUGAGGCCCUUCUGAAGAUAGCCGAUCACUAUAGCUUACUGGACAAUUUUCGCACUUCUUUAUGA